ACCUCGCGGCUGGCUUCUGGCCGACUUUUCGUGGCAUCCGAGCGAAGGCAGACGCUCUCUGCGAUUUGUCAAAUCCACAAGGGCAAGAUGAGCACAAAAGCUUUUUGGAGACAUUAGCGGGGACCCUUAAGCACCGCAUCGACGGUCGACAGAGUGGACGACUCUUUUUACUGAGAUAAGCGACACCCAUGCUGAACUCGCUGACGGAAAGUUUCUAGAACCCGAGAGGUUGGGAGACACACUGCCAACAUGAUGUCCUCCAGCGAUGACGUUCAAGGGGAAGGGUCUUUGUCCUCUGAUCAAAACCCGUCCGAAUUGGAUGCUCUCUGUCCUUCCCCUCCAGGACCCUCACGAACACAGCGUCACUACGAGAGGAUCGGCACGCAAACGGGAACCUCUUUCUGUCAGACUCUGAUCCACCUGCUGAAGGGCAACAUUGGCACCGGGCUGUUGGGUCUGCCGUUGGCGGUCAAGAAUGCAGGCCUGGUGUUGGGUCCACUCACCCUGCUGUGCAUUGGCUUCAUUGCGGUGCACUGUAUGAGGGUACUGGUCGACUGUUCUCACCACCUCAGUGCCAAGACGAACAGGCAGUCUCUGACCUAUGGCGAGGCGGUCCAGUAUGGCAUGGAGAAUGUGUCGUGGCUCAGGAGACACUCGCACUGGGGAAAACGGAUAGUCAACUUGUUUCUUAUCAUAACCCAGCUUGGCUUCUGCUGCGUUUACUUUGUCUUCCUAAGUGACAAUGUCAAGCAGGUGGUGGAAGCGGCCAACGCCACAACCUUCAACUGCCAGGUGGACGGCGGCAACCAGACGCAGGUGCUGGUGCCCAGCUUUGACUCACGCCUCUACAUGCUUUGCUUCCUGCCUGCCUUCAUCCUGCUGGUCUUUAUGCCCAACCUUAAGUACCUGGCGCCACUCUCGCUCAUCGCCAACUUGGUGAUGGCCGCCAGCCUGGUCCUCAUCUACUUUUACUCCAUCACGCACAUUAAAUUCCCCAUCGACCUUCCGAUGGUAGGCCGAGCCAAAAACUAUCCGCUCUUCUUUGGUACGGCCAUCUUCGCCUUUGAAGGGAUCGGAGUGGUCCUCCCACUUGAGAACAAGAUGCACAGGCCGCAGAGUUUCUCUCUAGUCCUCUACCUGGGAAUGGGCAUCGUCACCUUCCUCUACAUCAGCCUGGGCACCAUCGGGUAUAUGUGCUUUGGCGCUGACAUCGGCGGCAGCAUCACCCUCAACCUGCCUAACUGCUGGACCUACCAGGCUGUCAAGCUGCUCUACUGCUUCGGCAUCUUUAUCACCUUCGCUCUGCAGUUUUACGUCCCUGCUGAGAUUCUUAUCCCAUCGAUCGUAGCCCGCGUGUCAGAGCAAUGGGAACUGACCGUCAACCUGCUGCUCCGCGCCAUCCUUGUCGUCUUCACAUGCGCCCUCGCCAUCUUGAUCCCGGAGCUGGACCUGGUCAUCUCGCUGGUAGGCUCAGUCAGCAGCAGCUUUCUGGCGCUUAUCUUCCCACCCAUCCUGCAAAUGCUCACCUUCCACAGCGAGGGUUUGGCGCCAGCGUCAGUCGUCAAAAACCUGGUCAUCAGCCUCAUUGGCUUGGUGGGCUUCCUGGCGGGCACGUACGUGGCCAUCGAGCAGAUCGUUGCCCGCAAUGCGCUCAAACAUGAGCUCCAGUAGCCACGGCGUUGAGACUUUUUAUUUUGGACGAGGUGUUUUUAUUCAUCAUUGCUGUGUCGUGCGUGUGUGUAUGAUACUCAGUCUGUCAGGUAGGUGCUUGCUAUUUUUUUUUUUUUUACAUUUUGAGUUUGUUGACAUUUGGUCAAGCUACCUCAGCAUGUUUUAUUUUGAAAUCUACUAACAUGAUUGUUAAUACAUUUCAUUUUUAUUUACAGUUUUUACCAAGACCCAAUCAACAAAAUUGAAGUUGAUCUUUGAUUUUUUUUUUUGCCUUAUGCAGUAAAAAAGCAUGGAAAGAAUACUAUACAUUACAAUAUAUCUUUAUUUAUUUAGGGCUUUCACAAAAAGUGUUGCCCUAACAUAGUGCUGUAUAGAACAUAAAAUAACAAUUCACUUGAACCAGUCACGUGAAACAUUGGCAAUAAUACAAACAAUGGAACAAUGGACAUAAAGAACGCAGAGGCCGUCAUUUUAGUGUGUAUUUUAACAUUAAACAUGUUGUGCUUUGAAUUCAUUAACAUGGGCGAGUUUGAAGUACUGUAGUUUCAACCAAUGGCCAUUUUGUUCACAGCAAAGUUUUUUUUCUCCUUAAUUGUACACAUAUGAAGCGAGCAUCUCCAGAAAUGUAAUUUCCACAAUGUCUAAAAAUGCACUUUAGAAAACCUUUGCAACUUCCACAUAUUGGAAAUUCAAAAAGAAUGUUGAUCUCAUUGCCGUUUGACCAAAUGUAACGUUUUCUGCCAAUACACCUGUAAUGUUGUCUCUCUAGCUUCCCCACACUUAACUACACUGUUGAAGGUUUGGGUUGAGGUUAGGUUAAGUGAUUAAGGGGUGGAUUGAGGAAUUAGGGUCAAAUUUAGCAGUCUGCAUUGAGGUUAAAAUUUAGCAUUAGGAUCUGAAGGUUUAGGUUACGAGUUAAACUUGAGAGGUUUAGAGGUUAGGGUUAAGAUGAGCGGUUGAAUGUUGCGUUAAGAUUUGGAGAAUUCAUCAGUGGUGAGGUUCAUAGUUGAAAUUGGGUUCAGAAGUUUUAGGACUAUAGGGCAUUUAGCAAACAUUGAGGGCAGGUGCAUAGAUAGGUUUUAAAGAGACAGUAAAGUGAAGAUUGUUCAUUUUUCACUAACGAGCCCAGUUUAAGUAUUUCUUUUUAUCAGGAAAAUGAAAAAAAAUUAGCAUUUUCUAUUUUUAAUGAGGAUUAGGGCUUGGUUGAUGACGUGAUGGGUUUCCAAUCGAGAAAUUGAGAUCGUUUCCUUCUGUAACGUGGUAUGGCUGAUGUGUCAGAUCAAGCAGACCCCGCCCAAAAAGUGGCCGUCAGUAUGUCUACUGCCACUUUGUUCCAAACAGCCGUUAAAUCAAUUCUGAGUUUGUCUUCAGGGGGAAAUUGGAGCACUGACAUCCUUUUUUAAUAGUCCUACCAAUAAGUGCCAAUGUUGGCCUCGCUUUACUGUACUUUUAAGGCAGUCGUUCUUAACCUGGGUUCGAUCGAACCCCAGGGGUUCGGUGAGGAGGUCCGAACAAACCUUGCCAGUAUGUAAUUUGUUGCGAGUUCAUGCAUUGUGUUUGUUUUGUUCUUUGAACAAGGUGAUGUUCAUGCACAGCUCAUUUUGUGUAAUAGUAAAAAAUAUCUAUGUCUUGAAUUUAAAAAAAAUAAAUUUUCACUAACUUCGGUGAAUGCGCAUAUGAAACUAGUGGGGUUCGGUACCUCCAACAAGGUUAAGAACCACUGCUUCAAGGUUAGGUAGGGUUUGGGGUUAGGAUUGUAGUACCAUUGGGGGAUUACUGGAUUAAGAAACCCAAUGAAAAUUCAAGCAAAGCCAACCCUUUCAACGACCAAAUACUAUCAGUUCUUUUUGUUCUUACAUUUCUAUUUUUUGACGGUCCGAUUUUGCAUUUUUAUCUUUUAACUAAUGAAAGUGUAGGGAAUAAAGAUUUUACUUUUAAGCAUAGCAGCACAUUGUAGAUGGUUUGUUGAAAGUGUAAUUAAUUACAAGGCACUGUCAUUUUACUUUUCAUUAUGUUUGUGUAACAUAUACAAAGUAAGUUGUUAUGAGAUUCAUACAUGCAUCUUAGGCCUGGUACACGCCCAAAUCUUAAAAGAUGAAUUAUCUAUGAUCGAUCCCACACAAAGAUAGAUUUAACAGUUUGGGUUUUUGUGUGGUGUCCCCAACAUAACACCACACGUAAAGGUCCCCGUCUAGAAUUCAGUUCUCCGAAAGGUUAGCUGAGAACACAUUUCUGUGCAUGCGCCGAUGUUUACCAAGUGUUUCUGUCGUCUGGGGCACCUACUUUUAUACUACCACCCCCUCGAACAAUAUGAGGUAGAACUAACUCCAGUCGAUCAGCCACCGAUCUCGAUUUUUCCAUUUUCGCGCAAUAACCCAUCCUUUAAUGGCUGAUCGAUCACCCUAAGUGACCAAUUUCUUUUAAUGAUUAUGUCGUCUAGCCAUUUGGCAACAAUUGCAAACAGUUAAGAAAUGUCACUUUGUAUUACAGAGACAACAACACCUUGUUACAUCGACAGUUUGUUCCCUAUGACAAAUGUACAUCAACAACUGUUAACAUAAAAACACAAUCACGCUUCCGUGGCAAUAAUUAUUAUCCUUAUCAUUUCGUUAAAUAAGUGCAUUGCGCUACGUAAUGCGCUUUGGGAGCCGAGUGGCUAGAUACGACAUAUGUAUGCUAUGUGCUAACAGCAAUGUAUCGGCAAAGUAUUGCCGCUUUUUAUUGUUAUUGGUGUCAACCCCUCCAAAACCCCACAAAUGUUUAUGUUCUCUAUUUGUUGAACAGGCAUUGACAAAAAAACUCACCCAUGAAAGUCAUUAGAUAAUUAAUUAAGGUAUGGUCUACUUUAAAUGCACAUGGAUUUUCUUUGCCUUCUAUGGGAACGUGACAAACUAGCAUUAGCAUCUAGUUAUGUUGCACUCUACUCAGAAUCGGAAAUUCAAUUGGCCGCAAAGAGUUUCACAUUAAGAUGGCAUGGCUGUCAGGACUUGUACCAGACAUUCAAGUUUGAUUUCUUUAGUAUUCUCAACAAUCAGUCUUCAAUUUCUUUAUUUACUCACGUUUACACAAUAUGACUUGUCACGUCAGAGUUCUUCAGAAGUCUUGUCAUGUACAUCUUUGUGUGAGUGUUACACAGUGUUCAGAUAGAGAAACUGCUUAAAUUGUAACUAUUAUUAAAUGAAGCAUUCUUCUUUUGUCCCCUG